CCCUAGAAUCCAUAGACUUCGACCAAAAGGUUGACCCAUUUUGAGUGUAAUUCACCCUCAAUACCUCAGCCCAGACAAAGCGAUGAAGUCUCAAACAAAAAGUGUACAGGGACGUUCACAACAAAGGGCAAUGCUGACGGCAAUAUCUGUAACAGGUACAUACACGAACAAUUCUCUUUCUAUGAACUCCAACAAUUACUAAUGUACUUGUUCAAAGUUCGGCAAGGACUGAGACAAGAGAACUACUCGGGACCACUGGUAGGUUCUGAGGUCGGAAAUAAAUAUAAUAAAUACCUACCGACCUGCUCCCUCGAUCCUUUGUUGGAAUUCCAGCUUCCUAGCACAUGCAAAGAUCUGGCUAUCGAGGAAGGCUACAGGAACCGGAGGACAAACUGACUGAAGCUUUCAGACUCAUCAACACCAUAGCCACUGACAGCCGAAAUGCUUUCCUACUGCCUCCCCACUCACCAAACCCGACACAGACCGCCUAAGCAAGAGGUGAUCACCACCUCUUCCUCUGAGUACACCGGCCCUCUCACCCUCCUUCUCCACUGCCAGCUAGUCAAGCACAUGAAUUCGACCGCUUUCGAACUCCACAAGCACCUAACCGUCUACCUUGCUCACACGGAGGCAACUGCAAGCAGACUGGCAGUUACUCCCAAUUGGUGGCCGUCCAUCAAGCCGUAUUGGCAUAAGGAGCGGGAAAAAUAUCCUAUGCUAGCUCGUCGUGCGCAAUCUACCGCGCUCCCGAUCCUGCAUAGCGAGUAUGUCGCCGAGGUGGAACGAGGUAAGCCGCCAACCAAAGAAGCAGCACUUGACCGGCUCGAGCAGCUGGAGUGCAUGGCCUAUAUUGACGCCCGCCUUAACAGGGCUCGGUUCGCCUUGGCAGAGAUCGAGGGCAUCACGGCUUCGGGCUGGGGGGCUUGCGCGGAGGAAGACGCGCAUCGCAGAUCGCGCCUGUGGGUGGCCCAGCACAGCACAGGAUGCUUUGGUAAAAGACGAGUGCUUGUAAGGAUCCUGAUCCAGCAGAGGGCGAGGGACUUGGGCUUGGAGACGGCGGAGAAGUCUGAUGCGAACAAGUGGGCGGAGGAGCUUAGGAUUGGGGUCUUGACAGGCGAGAUAAGGAAAGUCGAUUGGCCCUCUCAGGGACUGUUCGAGAUGUACAAGAGGAGGAGGUAUGGAGGAAAGCGACUUCAGAAGCGCCGGGCUUAA